AUGGUCAAACCAAGAAAUAAUAGAAAAAAUAAAAAAAUUAAUAACCAAUGCGAUGUUCCAAUCAAUUUUCCUGCAAACACUGAAACUGAUGAAAUGGAAAUCGAAUAUAAAGCUGAUCCAAAUGAAAUAUUUUUACUUGUACCAAACUCAAAAAUGUUGAAAGUUAACAGAGCUUUGCAAGUAUCGGGUCAUUACAAAUUGAAGCUGGCAGCCUUAGAUCUCCUUGAUGACCAUGUCUCAAAUAAAGAUUUAUUAUCAGAUUUAAGCCACAACCAAUAUGCUUCAGCUAUUAACUACCAAUUAAAUCUUGCUCUCAAGUGCCAUGGUAGUGUAAAAUAUUUAAAUAGUGUUAAGGAUAAAGCCAGCUCUUUAUUAACUAAAAUGACUAUCGAAGAAUGGGGAAGUUCAGAUGCUACCGCAGGAAACCGUAAAUUCAUCUCUGAUAGCCUCAAAUUAAUUGUAGACCCAAUUGCCUUUCCAGAAAAAUACUGUUGGGAAGAAGUCAAAGAUUCCAUUAUUAUCUUGGGUAAAUUCUUUCAAAUCAAAAAUGAAUCAAUUUCCGAAUUUUGUUCAAAUGAUUUCAGAGAUUUCUUUGAUAAAGUAUUUUUACUAUUAUUCAAUUUCCUUGAUUUUAUAGUUUCAAAUAAAGAUAGAAUAAUCAAGGAAUCAGUCUAUUUCGAUUAUGUUGAAGAAACUGAAAAAUGCAUUUCUUUACUAUUCGAUUUAGUUUACACUUGUGAUGAUUGUCGUUUAUACCAUAUGGUUCAUAUCAUCGCAAUUCAAGAAGAUUUAGAUCAACUUUCUCCAUCAUUCAAGAAUUUUUUUUAA